AUGUUUGGCGACUUUAAUGAGAUUCUUGGCCCUUCAGAAAAGGAAGGCGGAGCUAGUCGAGGUGAGAGGCAAAUGGAUGCUUUCCGGGAGGCUAUCGACGAAUGUAGGAUGCGUGAUAUGGGAUUCCGGGGGAGCGUGUUCACGUGGCAAAGAGGAACCUCACCUCAGACCGUAGUUCGUGAACGAUUGGAUCGUUUUUUGGCAAAUGUUGGCUGGUAUGACGCAUUCCCUAAGUCGGAGGUACUUCACUUGGCAAGAUACCGCUCGGACCAUUUACCAUUAUUGGCGAACACGGACUAUGACCGUGGGAGAAGAUGUGAAGAACGUGCUUUCAAAUUUGAAUCCUUAUGGCUGUCAAAAGAGGAAUGUGGUGAAGUGGUAGCAGGAGCAUGGAAUGAACAGGUGGGGGGUUCGAUGGUUGCGAGAAUAGAAAGGUGUGCCGCAGCACUCUCGAAAUGGGCAAGCACAACCUUUGGUUCGAUAAAACAACAGAUCAAGAAUGCAGAAAAAGAGUUGAGGACAUUGCAGACCAUGUGCCCAGAUGUAAAUAUACUGGAGAAAUGUGGAGAGUUGAGCUCUCGGCUAGAUGAGCUACAUAAGCUGGAGGAGUCGUAUUGGUUUGCGCGUGCUAGGGCAAAUGAGCUACGAGACGGGGAUAAGAAUACCAAAUACUUUCACCAUAAAGCAAGUCAGAGGAAGAAGAGGAAUUUUAUUAAAGGUCUGAAUGAUAAAAAUGGGAUUUGGCAUACUGGAAACGAGAAGGUGCAGCUUAUAGUUGAGGAUUAUUUCCAAAGGCUCUUUACCACUGAUGUGCCGCAUGACUUUGAAGAGGCUCUAGCAGGAAUGUCCAGCUUGGUUACGAGUGAGAUGAAUGUAAUACUGGAUGCCGAACCAACUGCAGCAGAAAUUAAAGAUGCUCUAUUUCAAAUGCACCCCAACAAAGCCCCGGGACCGGAUGGUAUGCAUGCCCUCUUUUUUCAGAAAUUUUGGCAUGUUGUUGGAGAUGACGUUGUUCUUUUUGUUAAAGGGUGGUGGAGGGGGAAUGUGGAACUUGAUAUGGUUAAUAAAACUUGUAUUGUGCUCAUUCCGAAAUGCAACAACCCCACAAAUAUGAGUGAGUUUAGGCCCAUAAGUCUGUGUAAUGUUCUUUAUAAAAUCAUCUCCAAGACUAUGGCAAUCAAGUUGAAACCAUUUCUGUCCUCUAUUGUUUCUAUCCAGCAAAGUGCGUUUGUGCCCAAUAGACACAAUGCUCUUGUGGCGUUUGAGGUUUUCCAUGCCAUGAAGAGGAGGGGUGAAGGGAAAGAUGGUACGGUCGCACUAAAGCUAGACAUGAUGAAGGCCUAUGAUCGGGUCGAGUGGUCGUUCUUGGAGCAUGUCAUGUUUAAAAAGGGGUUUAGCAGUGAGUGGAUUCGAAGGGUAAUGGAUUGUUUAUCUAGUGUCUCUUUCUCUUUCAAGAUCAAUGGGCAGAUAUCCGGCUCAGUAAUUCCGACAAGAGGUCUAAGACAAGGUGAUCCUAUCUCCCCGUAUUUAUUUUUACUUUGUGCUGAUGCUUUUUCCACCCUAAUAUCUAAAGCAGCAGAGGAGAAGUUAAUACACGGUGCGCGGGUAUGCAAAGGUGCCCCAAGGAUAUCUCAUCUAUUUUUUGCAGAUGACAGCAUUUUAUUUGCAAAAGCUAAUUUGCAAGAAUGUUCGAAGGUGGCUGAAAUAAUUAAUAUCUAUGAGAAAGCAUCCGGUCAAAAAGUCAAUCUCAGCAAAACCGAAGUGGCUUUUAGUAAAUGUGUUAGUUUGGAAAGAAGAGAGGAGAUUGUGGUGACCUUAGGUGUUCGGGAGGUGGUCAGGCAUGAGAAAUAUUUAGGCUUGCCUACAAUUAUUGGGAGAUCGAAAAAAGCGAUUUUUGCAGGCUUAAAAGAACGAGUGUGGAAAAAGCUAAAUGGUUGGAAGGAGAAAUUGUUGUCUCGUCCUGGAAAGGAGGUUCUAAUAAAGGCGGUGGCUCAAGAAAUUCCUAUAUACAUGAUGAGUGUAUUUCGGAUCCCGGAUGGGUUGAUCGAUGAACUCCAUGCACUUAUUGCCCGUUUCUGGUGGGGCUCGACAGAUACAUCAAGGAAAAUGCAUUGGCACAAGUGGGAGUCAAUGUGCCUCCCGAAGGCGAUGGGGGGUUUAGGCUUUCGUGACUUGUGUUGCUUUAACCAAACCCUACUUGCAAAACAAGCUUGGAGACUCUACAAUGAUAAGGACUCCCUUCUAUACGCUGUACUAAAGGCAAGGUACUUCAAAAAUGAUGAGUUUAUUGAGGCAAGAAGGGGGUACAAUCCGAGUUAUACAUGGAGAAGCAUAUGGGGCGCAAAGGCAUUACUCCUGGAUGGGCUCAAGUGGCGUGUGGGAAAUGGAGUAAAUAUUAGUGUAUGGGAUGAAUGUUGGUUACCAGGCAACUCGGCGUCAAUAGUGCCCACACCAAACUUGAAUUGCGACCCUAAUUUGAAGGUGGCUGCAUUCAUUGAUACUGGAAAAGGAGGUUGGGAUGAGACAAUGGUAAGGGAGACUUUUAAUGCAGGGGAUAGCGAGCUAAUUUUAAGCAUACCAAUAUCUGAUUUUCUCCCACAAGAUAUGAGGUAUUGGUGGCCAACAAAGCAUGGAACCUAUACGGUUAAGUCAGGUUAUUGGCUAGCACAAUUGGGGCACCGACGUACGUGGAGCCUGUUCUUUGGCGAAGCAGAAGACAAGCUGUGGCAGCAGGUAUGGAAGGUAAAGGGUCCUCUAAAACUUUGCCAUUUCAUAUGGAGAGCAUGUAAAGGGAGUUUAGUCGUAAAAGAAAGGUUGCAAGCCCGUCACGUGGUUACUGAUGCUGUAUGUGCAGUAUGUGGAAAUGCAAAUGAAACUAUACUGCACGCCUUAUUCGAGUGUGAAGCAACCGAAGACAUUUGGAGGCAUAGUGAGUUUAAGGAGCUCAUCCUUGAUGCACCGGCUACCAAUUUUGGGGAGAGGUUUGUAUGGUUUACUGGUAAGGUCAACAAUGACGAAUUACAAAGAUUUUGUACUCUUGCUUGGGCGGGAUGGUUCUGCAGGAAUGAAAAAGUCCACAGCGGGACAACUUUGGUUCCAAGCCAGGUUGCUGCAAACUUUGUAAAGCUUGUGCACGAUUACCAGGAGUAUGCCCAAUCGGUAUUCAAACCGUGCACGGGGUCUGCUGUGGGGAUGGGAACAGGUGGGUGGAGGUGCCCAAAUGAGGGCUGGGUGAAGGUGAAUACGGACGCUCAUAUAGGGGUGGAGGAUGUUGGGCUGGGGGUGGCGAUGUGA